AUGGUAGCGCCGACGCUCUGGGCUUCACUCCCCCGAAAGUCCGCUGUUUUGGGAGCAGCAGUCGCAGCCGAGCUUCGCCAGAUAGUGGUCCCAGCGAAGGUAGCGAGCAGCCCGAGGAUGGCUGGUCCCAGGUGGAGACCACCACAUGGGCCUUGGUCUGUGGGGGGCAGCUGCGAAUGA